AUGAUAAAUUUAAAAAGUAAAAUGUGUAAAUUGUUAUUAAUGGGACAUAGAAAAGUUCCUUUCUUUCAUUUUGUAAAAAACGAUUUUCUUAAGAAUGAUAUAAAAUGUUUUUGUAAUAAUAGUAAGAAUAAAAAAUAUGAAAAAAUAAAAAAGGAGAAGAAGCAUAUAGAUGAUACUACCAGCCUUUUUCUGGAGACAGAAAUUUUUUUUGAACACAAAGAUAUUUUUUACAGAGGAAUAAAUAUUGUUGACUUAUGCUCAUACGGAAAUUUUGAAGAGACUAUUUAUUUAUUUCUUUAUAAAAAGCUCCCAAAUAUAAAAGAAUUAAAAGAAAAAAGAAAUAUUUUUAUAAAUGCUUUGAACUUAUUAGACGAAAAAAGAAUAUUUGAAAUGUAUAAUAAUGUUUCACAUUGUAAUAUAUUAGAAUUAUUAAGAAAUUAUUUUAUUCAUUCUUCACAGGAUAAAAAAAAAAUUUCUGACAUAAAUACUUGUUAUUAUGAAAUCUUGGCUAGCUAUUUAAAAUUAAUAAAUCCAAAAUAUUCUUUAGAAAAUUAUAAAAAUGUUUUUCUUGAUCAUAAAAUAUAUACAAAUGAUUUUGUUUCCUCUUGUCUUUUAUUCAAUUUUUAUAUAAAAUCAAAUUGUUUGAAAGAAAAAAUAAAAAAAGAAAAAAAUGAUAAAAUUGUUAUGAAUAAUAUUUAUAAUUAUGAUCAUAUAAAUAAUCAUAUAGAAAGUAAAGAUGUUAUUUGUAAGGUUCCUCAAGUUAAUUAUGAUAUGUAUAGUAUAAAACUCAUAAGUAAUGUUUUAAUUAUAUUAUGUGAUAAUAAUAUUAAUGAAUCUACGUUUUUAAUAAGAAUGAUAAGUAACAUGUGUACAAAUUAUUUUAAUAUAUGUAUAUCUAUGGUAACCUUCUAUAUAGAUAUAUUUAAAGAAAUAAAUUUACAUACAUCGUUACAAUAUUUUUUAAACUUUAAAAUGUUUCAAAAUAAAAAAGAAAACAAAGAUAUAAUAAAUGAUAAUAUUGAAGAAAAUCAAUUAAAUUUCUUUUUUCUUAAAAAUAAUAAUUUUAAUAAAAAAAAUAAUAUUCUCAAAAAAAUUAUUACAGAUUAUUGUAAAGUAACAUCUCAACAUAAUAUAAAUAUUUUAAAUCAUUUUAUACAAGUUGAAAAUUAUUUUUUAAAACAUAAAAAUAAAUACCCCUCAUUAUAUUAUUAUACCUUAUUACUAUUCCAUAUAUUAAAUAUACCAUUAUAUUAUUAUCCAUCCUUUUAUUUCAUAUCACGAUUACUUAGUUUUACGGCACAUAUAAAUGAACAAAAGGAAAAUAAUAAAAUUAUAAAAUAUGCAGGUGUAUAUAUGGGGAUCCCAGCAAGGCAAUAUGUACAUAUUGAAAAAAGGUAG